AUGCCUGGAGCCCCCAGUUCUGUCAGGGAGUCAGAGACAGGAGAAAUUGCUAAGGCCCACCAGUCAGCCAAGCUGACUGAAAAUGGCAGCUCUGCUCAGCGAGAGAUUCAGUCUCCAGGAAAGAAACAGAAGAAACCAGGAAACAGCUGCCUACUGACCCUGAUGCUUGUGACUUCAUCUUUCACAGGAGAGACAAUGAAAUUCUUCUUGUUUUUAUCUGUUGCUGCCGUCUUUGUGCCUGCAUUGGCUAUCAGAUCCAAAGCAACCAGAGCUCUGUUUAAUAAACUCUCCACUGAACUGGUAGCCGCGCAGGAAGAGAUUGUUAAGGUGCACAAUGCUUUCCGGAGGAAAGUGCAGCCACCAGCCAGAAACAUGAUGAAGUUGAACUGGAGUCUACCUGCUGCAGAAAAUGCUAGAAUUUUGGCAAGGUAUUGUGAUUUUGCACAGAGUGACCCAAUUGAGAGAAGACUUAAAAAUACCUUUUGUGGAGAAAAUAUGCAUUUGGAAAGUUAUCCUUCCCCAUGGUCAUAUGUAAUUGAAUUGUGGUUCAAUGAGUCCAAGCACUUCACAUACGGAAAAUGGCCAUCCACAGACGAUGACAUCACCACUGAUGAUUACACUCAGAUGGUCUGGGCCUCUACCUACCUCAUUGGCUGUGACGUUGCAUCCUGCCGCAAGAAGAAAGCAGAGCAGUAUCUCUACAUCUGUCACUACUGCCAUGAGGGAAAUGAUCCUGACACAAUAAAUUUACCUUAUAAAGCAGGUCCCUCAUGUGGAGACUGUCCAAAUCACUGUGAAGAUCGACUUUGUACUAACCCCUGUGUGCACUAUGAUGAAUACAACAACUGUGACAAGCAAAUGAAAGUUCUCGGAUGUGAACACCCGUCAGUUAAACUGCUGUGCAAGGCUUCGUGCCUGUGCACAAAUUAA